AUGGAGGCCUUUAUUGAGAUCUAUCCCGACAUGAACGCAAACCUGCUGGCUAAUGUCACCCGAAUCACGAUAGAAAAGGUGCGUCGUAUCCGUGGCUAUGGUCAGGCCCCACAACAGGCGCCGGCAGGGGAACCGGGCACAAAGUCGAACCAGGAGGUGCAGCAGCAGCAGCAACCCGGGAUACCAAAUCGGGUCAUCCGGCGGAGUAGUCUUCUGCAACAAUUACUUAUCAGCAAGAUUGCCCAAAAAGUCAGUCAAAUGUUGAUGUACAGUCAGCCACAGCCGGAGGCUAGGAACUCGGUCGUACACUCGGAUAUAGCACAGUCAGACCAACCGCGUCAAGGGAAUUCUCAACAGGUCUCCAACAUCAACGCCGCUAACGCAUCAGGCGGACCGGUACCGCAACAACAACAACAAGAACAAUGGCAGCGCCCAGACCUCUCCAGUACCCCACCAGCGCAUUUGCCUCACCCCCCAGCUCUGCCAGUCAGUGUUACUGCAGGCUCUAAGCGCCCCUCCUCCUCAUUUUCCUCCUCGUCCUCAUGCGCUGAAGACGAAGAGGUGGAUACUGUGGAUGAUCGACUGUUUGAUUCAGUAAAUCCGACUUCUGCCGAGCAGUCAAUGCAGAACGCUAGUGGCAAACAGUCUCGACCUAAAAAGUCUCCACGAAAAAGCUGCUCCAACUCAACUGCUGAAGGGGUUUUUGUGUUUCCUCCUCGUUCUGCCGCUGGUGUUGAGCCUGUCGGCGUUGAGACAGUGCCAGAGGUAAAUGCAACUCCAGCACCCUGCGGGAGUCAGUUGGCAUCAGCAGGAUCUCCCAUAACUCGGUCCCUCUCCGAACCUCAUCUUACCCAUGUUGACCACCACGUGCCCGUGCAGAAAUUGGUAGGUCUCUCCAUCAGUGGUAAUGAGCAUGGUCGCGGUCAGCAGGUACUCUCCUAUUCGGCCCCUGAGAUCACGGCGGAUGCCACCUGUAAGGGCUGCGUCCGAUGUCCCACCACUGCCGCUUGGGCUCCCCCAACGGAACUGAGGCUGUGCCAGCCAAUGACCCAUUGA